AUGACCUCCAUGUCCGACGAGCUCCCUGCUCCCACCAACCCCCUGGCCUCAAUUCCACCGCUCACAACGCGCGUCCUGGUCUCCGAACCCGACAAGGUCGCCGCGCUGAAACUGGUAGCCGAUUCCAUCGCGCAGCAGCGCCAAGCCGCGUCCCGAGCAGCGAUUUUCCAUCCGUUGACGAUUGCGGUGUAUAUUGGGUUACUGGCGAUCGUGAGUCAGCUUUUGUAUAAGACGAGAGAGGAUAUUGGGAUUGUGGCGACGACGGGGGCGGGUGUUACGAUGGCGUGUUUGAUCCUUGUGCGGGGACUCACGUCGGGGUACAUCAAUCUUGCCGAGGAACUGAAUUGGAAUUUCUUAACGGUUAAUAAUAAUGAUGGGGAGGAAGAUGUUGUUAUUGGGAGUCGAUAUGGGGAGGAGAUUAUCGGCGCUCUGGUUUUAAGGCUGGAGAGGAAUGGGAAUGGCAGCGGGAAGAAGGGGAGGAAGCUGGGUGGGAAGGGCGUGGUGCGCGCGUGGACGGUUCGCAUUAAGUAUCGGGGCAAGGGGGUCGGGACUGAGUUGUUGGAGGAGGCGGUUAGGGUUACGAGGGAGAGGAUGGGCGGGAGUGCUGAGGUUGGGUUUGCGGCCGAACAUGCGAAUAGUCAGAUGGUGUUGCCGGAGCUGUUUAAUGGGGGGUUUAGGAAGAGGGAGGCCAAGGCGGCGAAGACUUUGGAUGGGGUUGUUGGGAGUUUUGAGGGGAAGAAGAAGAGGUAG